AUGACGACGCUGGAAAAGAUCGGGAUCCAGGGGAUACGGAGCUACGGCGACGAGGAGGCGCAGGAGUUGGAGUUCGCAUCGCCCAUCACGGUGAUCUAUGGAAACAACGGGAGCGGAAAAUCGACGAUCAUCGAGUGUCUUAAAAUGAGUUGCACAGGGGACUUCCCCCCAAAUGCAGAUAAGGGAAAGUCAUUCAUACAUGACCCAUUAAUAUCAAAUAAAAUGAACGUUAAGGGAAAAAUAAAUCUGCUUUUAAAAAAUUACAACAAUAAAAGGAUUGGUAUCUCCAGAUCAUUCAGUCUAUUCUAUUGUAAAGAUAAAAAUAAAAAAACAAAACACUCCUUUAGAGCUCUUGAUAACAACAUAAUAAUAAAAAAAGAAAAAGAAGGACAAAAUGAUGUAAUCAUUACGAAUAAAUGCAUAGACAUAAAUGAACACAUUCCAAAAUUAAUGGGGGUAUCAAAGGCCCUUCUGGAAAAUGUGAUUUUAUGUCACCAUGAAGAGAGUCUCUGGCCAUUUAGCGAGUCAGUAAAAAUAAAAAAAAAAUUCGAUGAACUUUUUGGAGAUGAUCAUUUCUCAAAAAUUUUGGAUGAAUUCACAAAAUGUAGAAAAACAAUAAAUGAUGUGCUCAAGAGGAAGGAAUAUGAAUUGGCCACACUGAAAGAGUGCUAUGAUAAAAAAAAAAAAAUCGCUUUGGAUAUCCAAAGGAAUGAACAAGAAAUAGGAGAGUGUCAAACGAUUAUGCAAUUGGAUAAGGAAGAAAUAGAAGAAAGCUUUCUCAUUUUAAAUACUUUAGAAAAAAAAAAAUCGUCCUUGGGAAAAAUAACUUCCAGCAUUGAUAUGUAUUUUGCUAUUCAUGAAAAAUUUCAAGACGAUCUCCAAAAUUAUAAAACUGUUAAGGAGAUAUAUGAGGAGGAUGCCUCCGAGUUAGAGCACUUUGCUCAACUCUUCCAGGAGGACUUGGCCAAGUGUAACUCGUUAAUUGAACAGGUUAGUAAUGAGUUUGCCCUGCUGGAGAAGCAGACCUGUUUGCCUAUCCGUUCGUGUGAUGAAGCGGACGUCAAACAACGAGAUGAAAUAUGCUCCAAUUUAUUUCAUUUGGAGAAAAGACGGGAGGAAGCACAUAAUUUGAUCAAAGCCGUUUUGGAUUUGGAUCACGCGUCCACUACGAGUGGGGUGAAGACGGGACAUCAUGUAGGGAAGAACCUCUCUGAGGAGCGUACCAGGAUGGGUCUCUUUAUCAAGGCGAACGAGCCCAUUUGGGGGGACUUGCUGGUUCAGAUACGCGCGGAAACGCUGGCCAUGCUCAGAGACGAGGUAAGGAAAGACGCCCGGGAGAGACUCCAUAUUAGGAGGAAAAAAAAGACCCUCACGGAAAAAGUAAAAAAGUGGAAAAGGAAGGUAUCCAAAAUAGACAAAAGAAUUGCCACCAUGGAGAUGCACAAAGAUUAUUUGAACAACUUCAAAGCAAGCGACGAGUCGUACAAGCAAAAUUGCAAUAAUUUGGAUAAAAUGAAACAGCUGGGAUGCGUCUACGACAGCAUCGGUUUGGGCGAAGCGAACUGCGGGGAGGAGCCCCCCAGUCAUACAGAUGAUGAUAUUGAAGGGAAGAAAGAGCAGCUCAGAAAAAUAGAAAAAUUGAAGAAGCAAAUGGACCAAGUGCUGCUCCUUGGAAAGCACUAUGAGAAAAUUUUUGAAUAUUUUUUGUGCCUCCGGAGGGUGCGUCGCAAGGUGGUAUCCUUCUUCGAUGAGCGACGAGCCCUUUUUUGCGAACUGGGCAAGCUACCCAAGGUAUGCCGCUCCAUAGGGGAGCCUAGCGGAGACUGGCCGGGAGAAGCGGAUUUGACAAAGGGGGUAGAUUUCGGGCAGGAUUGCUCUACGGGGGAAGAGGAGGAGGAAGGGGAGAGAAAACACGUUGAGGGGCAAACCGUGCAGGGAGGUCAGGACAAAGAAGAAAAGGAAGACCUCAAUGGAGAGGAACACAGAGAAGGAGGUGCCCCCUCCCGCGAGCCACACGAAAGAUCGGAAGGAACAAAUAACUUGACCGAAAUUGUCAAAGUGGAAAAUUGCUUACCAUUAGGAAGUCCCUCCGAAGCGCAUUCGAGUAAGUAUCUCGACAGGGAGACCCCCCAUGGAGAGGCCUUCACCGGAAAAGCUUGCAAUAAAAGGAACAAACGGAUGAACGAUCCAGGCGAAGAGACCCAUAAUCGAGUGAAACGGAAGAAGGUACUCAAAAUGGAACCUCCCCCUGGGCAAAGCUACUUGAACAAAUUAAACAGUAUGAUCAGUCAGUAUAUAAAUAAGUAUGACAACAAAAUAGAAGAGGUGGAAAAAAGAAUCUCCAAAUUGAAGCAAACGUUGGCCCUAACUUGUGAAGCAUUACGUGAUGUGAACAAGCGGGUAGGACGUUACCCAGACGUGCUUGCUCAGUUUUUGGGGAUGCUCGAAAAGAAGAAUUUUAAAAGCGCAAAAGAUUUUUUCGUCCAUUUUGGUCAAGUCAGGAAGGACAUGAAGAAAAUAAAAAUGGAGAUGGUCGCUUUAAAAACUAAGGAAGAAUCGCUGAGUCGUUUUAUACAGCAUGCCGAAGGGGGAAAGGCAUGUCUACUGUGUAAAGGACCCAUUGCUGAUGCUGCUGUGGACGGGUUCACCUUGCUAGAUGUGGAUAAAGAAAGGAAGGAUAUAACCCUAGAGAUAGAAGACAAGGAAAAAGCGCUCACAAAUUUAAGAGGCCAAAAAAAAGAAUUAAUGAUUCUGUUAGGGCAUUACUAUAAGGAGGUUGAUCCCCUACAAAGGGACAGCGCCUCCCUGAGUGAAAUUAUUGACUCGCUUAAAAAGGAACUGUUGGAUCUGCAAAAUGGGAUAGACAGUUGCUCCGAGAGGAUACAUAAAAUGAAUGGAAAGUACCAAUUGAUGAAGCUUUUGCAGGAGAGGUGCGCCCAUCUGAUGGAGAGCGAAAUGGUUAUCUUUUACGAGAGAGACCAGCUGGAUGAGAAGCGAUCCGAUGUGAGGGCUGCGUUGAGUGGGCUAAGGCAGAUGAUCGGCGAGGGGAAGCAUCAUCGGGAAGCCCUGCAUUCGAUGUUAGAGUUGCUCAAAGGGGGAGAGGCACUCAAAGGGGGAGAGGCGUCCGAAGGGGGAGAGGCACUCGAAGGGGGAGAGGCACCCGAAGGGGAGUCCUCACAAAAGAAUCUGCGUCAGCUUCUUCGUGAGUUUCUCCAGAACAUUACUCUCCUGUGUGAGUGCCCACACGUCCACUUCAUGCUGGAGAAAGUCAGUGCACACAUGGAAGACAGCUGCGUGCUAUUUGGUCGAGAAGACCUGUUCUGCGACCUCGGGGAGACAUUGCCAAAUAGGGUGGAGAGUAAGGUGCACCAGGUUGUGAUAGGAGAAGUGAAGCAAGACGAAGAGGGGCAAGAGCACACGGGGGACACCAAGUGGGGGGAGGAGCCAAAAAAUGAACCACAUAAGAUAGCUGACCACUGCACUGAAUGUGUGAAAGUGCACUCGAGGGGGUUUUAUCUACAAAAAGGAGACUGCUCUGUUUAUCCACAAAAGGGAGACUGCUCUGUUUAUCCACAAAAGGGAGACUGCUCUGUUUAUCCACAAAAGGGAGACUGCUCUGUCAAUUACACAAAACGUGGGAAAGAAAAAACGCCCCUCUUGAGUAACACCCCUGUGUAUGAAUCAGCUAAGUGCGAAGUGAACGAACCAAACGAAAUGGGAACCCUCGAAUCAAUAGCUAUGAAAAAUUGCAAUUUUAUAAAGGCGUAUGACAAACUUCAGAUGUACACCACUUUGGAAGCACUGAAGAAGGAACAAGAAAUAAAAUUUUCAAUUCGAAUAAAAUCAGUCAUUCGUGAGAGGAAGGAAAUUAUUACGAGGAAGACAGAGGAAUUACAGCGCAGCGUAGAAAGGGAAAAACAAAUUAGGGAGUACAUCCGCAAAGCGCAGGAGUACAUCGCUAACCAUCGGAAUAGGAAGAAUCGUUUGUACAGAAAAGAAGAGGCAAUGGUGAUAAGCAUAAAAAAACUACACCUGCGAGAUAAGCAAAUGAGGAGGAACAUUCGAAGAUGCAGAAAUGAUGUGGUACUCCAAAAUAAAUUAUAUUACAUCAAAGUGGAGAUGGUGAAGCUGCUACACAGACUCGUGAGAGAUAUUGAACUAGACAUGGAAAAAAAGAAAAAGGAAUUCAUGAGAGUGAAGGAAAAGAUACACAGUAACGAAAUUAUACAAAAUGAAUCAAACGAACUUGCAAAAAAAAGGAGUCAAAAGAAGGAACAAAUUUUGUCAUUACAGGAAGAAAAAAUCAAUAUCGAAAAAAUGCUCUACAAUGUUGUUAUGAAUACCAACUUAAAGAAAAUGCACGAAAGGUUUUUACUCCACCAAAGGAAUUUUAUUUCUUCACUAGAAAAAUUUAGAAACUCAUUCUUCUCGCCUGAACAGAAAGGAGAACAGUUGGAUAAAUUGAACUCCAUGAUUUCUUUGCUGGAGGAAGUAUACCAAAUGGAUAGCGAUAUUUACAAAUUUGUGGAUGAAAGUUUUUCCUUCUUGGAUCACAAAAGGGAGUUACUCGAAGUGAUCUACAUGGAGGAGAGUAAUUUGAGGGACCAAAUAGAACUUCACUCGAAAGCAACCACCAAUCUGAAAAUGAAAGAAGCAGAAAUGAAGGGGAAAAUUGAAUUGAGGAAAGAAUACAUAGAUAAACUAACCACCGAAAUGAACUCUGACACCUAUGUUGACAUAGAAAAAAAUAUAAAAAAAAUUAUCGAAAUUUUUGUAUACAAAAAUGUGAUCAAAGAUAUAUGUAACUUUUACAACUCCUUCGAUCAAGCAAUUAUUAAAUUCCAUUCUCUGAAGAUGCAAGAAAUUAAUUUGUCCAUUAGAAACUUAUGGAGGAGAGUUUACAACAGUGCGGACAUUGAUUAUAUAUACAUAAAGUCGGAGGUACAGACGGAGAAUAAUGGGAAAGUGAACCAGAGGAGGUCAUAUAAUUAUCGCGUCGUGAUGGUCAAAGAUAACUGUGAGCUGGACAUGAAAGGAAGGUGCUCCUCAGGACAGAAGGUCCUAUCGUCUAUCAUCAUUCGACUCGCUCUAGCGGAAUCCUUUUCCAUCAAAUGUGGAAUUCUAGCUCUAGACGAACCGACCACAAAUUUGGAUAAGUCCAACUCUAAAAAUCUAGCUAGCCUCAUUGCCAAUAUUGUGGACCUCAGAAAGGACAGCUCCGCUUUCCAACUUAUUCUCAUCACCCACGACACGCACUUUGUGGAUGUCCUUUCGCAGUACGGUUUGACAAACUGCUUCUACAGGGUUAGGAAGAACCAACGGGGGUACUCGACCAUAGUCAGGGUGCGACAGUAG